GUUACCCGACCCGCGCCGCGACCCCACGCAUUGUCAUACAAAACACGCGCGCGUGCGCCGGCGCCGGUAUCAACCGAGCUACGAUCGAAAAGAAAAUCGAGAAAAUAUCGAUCGACUGAAAUGUGUUGUGAUCUGUGAAGUGAUUUGACAAAAUGAUGAACGAACAGGACCUGAUGGUGGCGCGCGCGCUGGUGUCAGUGUCGCGUGACAAUUCGCCAGGCGGCUCUCCGACGCCCCUUCGGAAAACUCCGCUCACAAACAUCGCUGACAGGCUGAAAACAUUCAGGAGGACAAGGUCUCUGAAUGCGCCGUCUCCCAUCCACCAGUUCGGACCAUGCGGCAGAAUAAUGAAGAACUCGGCCAUGGUUAUGCAAAUCCAAGACCCGGCGUCGCAGCGGCUGACGUGGUACAAACAGCCGCUGACGGUGCUGGUCAUCAAGAAGGUGCACGAUGCUACCAUCCUCACGCCGUUCGUACAGCUCGUUCAUUGGCUCGUUCAUGACAAAAGCAUGGUGGUGUACGUAGAAGCAGCCGUUCUGGACGACGUGCUGCUGGCAGAAUACGGAGACUUCACAUCGGUGCGGGAAAAGCUGAUGACGUUCAGAGCGGGGCAAGAUGAUCUCACGGAUAAGAUUGACUUCAUCAUCUGUUUGGGGGGCGAUGGGACCCUGUUACAUGCCAGUUCGCUGUUCCAGCAAUCGGUGCCGCCCGUGAUGGCGUUCCACUUGGGCUCACUCGGUUUCCUUACGCCCUUCGAGUUCAACAACUUCCAGGAGCAAGUCAUGAAUGUUUUAGAAGGUCACGCGGCGUUAACGCUCCGAUCGCGCCUACAAUGCGUGGUGCUCCGCGCGAGCAAGAAGGACGAGGAGGGGCGCAAGUGCAUCCUGGUGCUGAACGAGGUGGUGGUGGACCGCGGCCCGUCGCCCUACCUCUCCAACAUCGACCUGUUCCUCGACAACAAGCACAUCACCUCCGUGCAGGGCGACGGUUUAAUAGUAUCAACACCGACGGGCAGCACAGCGUACGCGGUGGCGGCCGGCGCUAGCAUGAUCCACCCGUCCGUGCCCGCCAUUAUGGUGACGCCCAUAUGUCCGCACUCGCUCUCUUUCCGGCCCAUAGUCGUACCCGCGGGGGUCGAGCUCAAGAUCGCGCUAUCGCCCGACGCGCGCAACGCGAUGUGGGUGUCGUUCGACGGGCGCAACCGACAAGCGUUGCAGCACGGCGAUAGCCUCUACGUAACCACCUCCGUGUACCCGGUGCCCUCCAUAUGCGCGCAAGACCAGAUAUCUGACUGGUUCGACUCACUCGCCGAGUGCCUGCACUGGAAUGUUCGCAAGAAACAGAAGCAGAUGGACGAACUUAGCGACAUGACUUACUCCUCCAGUGAUAACCUUGAGGAGUUGGAGAAUAGCGAGAGGCCAGCGGACACGUGACCUUAUAGUAUUACGGUGGAAUGCGAGUUGGCUUAGCACAUUCCUUAAAGCCU